GCUGAGCCAAUCUGGUGCAGUGAGAAAUGCUUCCGCCGGGCUGCCUCCUUCAAUGAGCUUCCGGGCUAUUUGGACGACCAGUGGGAGGAAGAGCGCCUCCGAUUCUUUACAUGUGGCGUCUUCGAGCUACACAAGCACUUUCACUCAAACCACGGUAGCAUGCCAGCAGAAGACUGCUUGGAAAAGGAGAACUACCUUGUGGCGACGGGGGAGUGGGAACUGGAUGGGGAGGACGUGCUCCUGAUCGGUAUGCAGAAAAUCUGCGGGCGCAGCAGCGGCCAAUGCGUCACCAAGAGCUUCAGGCGAAAGUGCCGGAAGAGAGACCUCCUGUUCUCUCCAAGCUGGAUCGUAACGUCCAUCGGCUCGGAGGGAGAGGUCAUUCCCGAGUAUUACCGCGGCAGCAUUGAAUGCAUCGACCGGAACGUAGUGCGUGAGCCAGUAGACUGGUAA